CUCUCUUUCUACACACACACACAUACACUCUACGCUUCAGCACACGCUUUAAUUCUUACCUUAAUAACUACUACUAGCUACUACUACUACUACUACAUCAUCAUCAUCAUCAUGUCUCUCGCUGUCAUCAACGUUCACCAAGACGAACUCGCCAACGAGCACGCCACACCCUCCGCAAACAUCCUUGCCAACCGCCAGCGACGUCUGGUCAUCAAAAAGAAGGUCAUUGCCAUUGGCAAAUUAUCACGACAGCUUUCGGUCUUGCGCGAAAACCCCGAGGUGGUCAAGGAAAUCAAGCGCAUGAAUGGCAGCAAGCUCCCGCUCGGCACCUUGGCACAGGGCGAACAAGGCCUUCGACAAGUGUCAAUUUAAAUUCUUUUUUUUCUUUCUUUCUUUUCGCACACGACAUUACUAUUACUACAUCACACUACGUAUAUGAUCGACGUAUACGCUAUAGCCCUCGCAAUGUUGGAAGCAAAGGAACAACCAAACGAUGCUGCCGCCGUGUAAAAAUUUCCAUCCCGCACAACAACAACAACAACAACAAACACAACCGCCCCCCUUCCAUUAAAGUUCUCCUAUUAUUGUUACAGAUACAGCUUUCUCUC